GUCUGACGGCCAUCUUGAGUCUUGUGUAGCUUUGUUAGUGGUGGCAGGAGGAUGUGUCCGGCUCCCCGCUCCUCCUGACGUUCAUGGCUCUCCUUGCCUCCCGCGUACAUUAUAUGGAGCGCCUGUGUCACUCCCACGCGUUAUUUGAAGCCUCGGUAGCGAGUCGCGGUGCAGCAGGGCGCGGCGAGAUAAAGUGUGAUUAGUGGCGUGUGUGUGUGUGUGUUGAGGUGACAAGUGAGUGUAAACAAAGUGUGUAGCCCACCUGGAUUAGGGCAUCUUCCCUUCCCCCUCUUCUCUCUCUCCUGCACCUCCGUCAGGAACCAUGGGCUCCAGGAACAUACCCACUGAUAAGGUGAGAGGCGAGGACGGCCAGCUGGUAAUUGUGGCGGGAGGCAAGAUCAAUCUCCGCCUCAUCCUGGUGAGCGGAAAGACGAAAGAGUUCCUCUUCAGCCCCAGUGAGUCAGCAGGAGAUAUAGCACAGUUUGUAUUCGACAAUUGGCCUGAAGAAUGGGCAGAUGAAAGUGUCAGCAAGGCAGAAAUUUUACGUUUGAUUUACCAAGGGCGGUUUCUUCAUGGAAAUGUAACGUUAGGAGCUCUGGGCCUUCCUGCUGGCAAAACUUGCGUCAUGCAUCUUGUGCCCAGAGAGAAUCUGCCGGAGCCAAACUCACAAGAUCAACGACAAAAGAGCAAGGGUGGAUCUUCGAGCUGCUGUUCUGCUUCUUGUGCCAUCCUCUAGUGACCAUGGACCUACCAUCAUUGGCCCCGUGUCACCAAUGACCACAUCUCUAAGUCACAGCCAUAUUUACCAUCCACUGCCUAUCCAACACCAGUCAGCACCGUCAACUACAAUGCUAUAAUCUGGCUACAUUAUGACAAGAGUAACUUGACUCCAUUCAUCAGGCUCUGGUGACUUGUUAAUGUAGUGCUGUUUCCUCACACCCUGACAAUACACACUAUGUAUCUUGUACAGCAAGAAUGCAUAAGAAUUUUAAAAAUUGGGCUGUUUUUAUAUUAAAGCUACUAAAUAUUUAAACUGGUAAUUUAUAGUGAAGGAGUUGUGUAGUGUUGAUGUGCAAGUAACAAUUAUAUUGACUGUUCAGAGACAUUAUAUUGCAUGAUCAUCACUCAAGGUGGCCUUCGUAAUAGCCCAAUGCAGGAAUACGUAAGUGCUGUAAAAAGAACUAGUGUAGUAAACUGGUGCGCUCUUGUGACAGGCCACGUUAAAAGCUCCCUCCAGCUCUCCUGUUGAAUCCCAGAUACCAUGUAUCAGUAAGUAAUUUUGCAAAUAGAUAUCCUGUCUUGCAAGUCACAAAUGCUGAAGCUAGAGUGAAAUAGAAAAGUUUAUUGUAUUUUUUUUAAUAUUUUUUUUGCUAUUGAUAACAAGUAUUUUUUUUAUCUGUAAAUGAGAAUGAUAAGUGUUGGUAACAAAUUAAGUGAAGGAUGGUGAGAGAACUUUCCCCCUGGGUGGUUUAGUCUGUGAUGAACUUCUUCCUCCUUGUCCUCCCAGUUUGAUGGUGGGGAAAUGACUGUGAGAGUAUCACAUGCUUGAUUCAAAAUGGUUUGUGUGUUGACUUUUGCAGAGAAAUGUGUGCAGGCAAAGACAGUAACGUGUCUUGCAAUAUUGGAAUGUAAACUCCAUGUAAUUUGGAGUGGCAAAUUUCAGAGCUUUCAUCCAGUGACUGAUGAUGGGUGUUUAGGCACUGGUACAAUUCAUGAUUGUACAUAUAUAUAAAUAUAUAUAUGAUAAGCAAAUAAAAAGAUUAUGUGAUAUAAAUGAUAAUGUGUAGGCCACUCAUGUAACUGUUUCAUCUGUCCAGACAAUGUUUCAAGGUGGUUGUCUACACCUGUGUUGCUUUGUUUGUUUCUUGCCAGUGUAGGUCAGAUAUCCUCCGGCAUGAUACAGGGCAUGCUGGCAGUGUGGGGGCAACUAGGGUCUUACCUUCUACAACCACAAAUUCUGAUGCCAGUCCAGAAAUGCUGGGCACUUUUUGUUAUUAAUCUUAACUUAAAUCAAUAUUUUUCUUUUACUGUAAAUGUUUUACUAUAGCAUGAAUUUUUAUCCAGCAUAUAUUUGUAUUUAUCAUAGAAAUAAUAAUAAAUCUUCGCAUUGAUCCUGAAAUUAGAUAACAUUAUCAUUUUAAACACAGAAAUGAUUCAUAUCAAGACUUGAGAAUUGGUGCUUUACCCAGCAUGCCCCAUGUGACCUGAUGCCUGACCCCUCCAGUCACACAGCUAUUGGUGUGGCAGCCACUUUCUUUUAUAACGAACAGUACAGUGAGCAAAGCUUUAGUACCGUAUAACACUCCCAGCUUGCAGAGUUCCAGUCCACUGUGAUUGAAGCUAUCCACUUAAUCAGUGUGCUCUUUAUUUAGCCAUACUAGAAUUACUAUGUAAUCUGUCAAUAUAGACUGUAUUAUUCAUACUCUAUCUUCCUGCUUCAGUCACAGUGGUGGGUAAUGCUCAGCUAUUUGGAAAAAUACAUAAAGUUAAGAGCAAACUCCUUUAGAAAGAUUUUAUUAAAGUGUGUGUGACCUGAGUUAUUAUCCUCAUUGUAGAUCUGAGAAGAUAGUCAUGUAGUUUGGCUAGAAAAAUCACUUGCAAUCCUACAAUGAGAACAUUUAUCUUGUAACUUCAUUGUCUCAUUUUUCAGAUAUGAGAAUAUGUGAGUGUUUGCAUGUUUUCUUUCUAAAAAAAAAUAUAUAUAUCUUGGCAUUUACCAUGAAUGUCUUUGUGCUAUACUCAUCAUUUCAUCACAUUUCAUUUCAUAAUAACUCAUAAUUAUGUGCUCAUUCCCCAUCAGCAUGUCAAAUAUGAUUGUAACGUUCCUCAACACGAUGAGUAACGUGUGUAAUAUUCCUCAACAUAUGACAUCUACAGUGUUCCUCAUCAUGAGAAAUGCUCCCUCAAUCCAUAUGGUAGCUGGGAGAAACAUUUACCACCCACACUUACUUUAAGGUUGAGUUUCUAAUAUUCUGGUGAUUAUCAUACCUCAUCGGAGUAAACCCCUCAGUCAUCAAGAGGGCGGCUCUAUGUGAGAGAUGGUAAUGUUAAUGAGCAAUCCUGCAAGUACCUCAGAUGUAAUUGUUUUCUUCAGAUUGUUUAUUUUUUAAUUAUUUUGUUCAUAGGUGAUUAUAAGGAUGACAUACAGGUUAUUUUUAAAAUUACUUAGCCUUAAGUUUCAGAUAUUUGGUAGCCAAAUCACAAGUUUCUUAUUUGUUUGAAGGUCAUGUUAGUAGUUCAACACUGCCAAGACCUCGGUCAUGAUUAUAGAUUGUGGCAUAACGAAGCGAGUCGUGGCUUGUUCCAGGUCUUGGAGUCAUGGCAUCUUUCUCUCUUGAUGGAAAAUAUGCCAUAAAAGAUCAGAUCUGAAGCCUAUUAGUUUCAAAAACUCAAAUCGAUUUAUAAUGCUGUAUAUCUAUGAAAAUGGUAGAAUAAAUGGGCCUCACUUUUUUUCUUGGAAGGUUAGUUCACGUUGUGCUGUAGUAACCAGUUACCAUUUUACAUCAAAAUAUUGUGCAAUUGACACUUACAGAUAAUUUGUAUAAAAAUAUACUAGGAACAUUGUAUGUAUUAUGAUAGGGAGAUGCGAUAAAUGUUGGCUCCUCAAGGUAUAUUGCACAAAAUUACAUAUCAUUAUAAUGGCAGUCAUUUCAGUUUAAUGACAUUUGUUUUUUUAUUUCUUGAUGAAUUUGCUCAGAUCCAAGGCCACAUGAUUGACUUACAAUGAGUUCUCUAAUGAGUCAGGAUUCGUGUUACAGUACUGUAAAGCUUACAACGAUCAAAGUUUUAUUUACAUCAUAUUUAAGUCAUUUUAAAAUUGUAUAAUUUUGUAAAUUGCAACUUGUAACAUCACUAGAUAUUUUGUGCAAUAGAUAAUUAACAUUGAACUAAAUGAGACAUGUCUCGUAAGCUUUGCCCUCUUCAAAAUCUAUGUACAGUAUAUAAAUAUAAAUUAUUUUAACUUGCAUGUUGGUCCGAUUGAUCGAUGUGUAUAAUUAAUUAUAUUUAAAUUUGUAUUUUCUUGGCAGUCAAAGUUGUAUCCUGAUGUUGAGCAGUAAACCUUGAGUGUGUUGGUGUAGGUGAUGACUGAUGAGCGACCAGUCAGGAGUGAACAUUAGUCAGAACAGCAGCAUCUUUUUUAUCCUUCACAUUACUUUUGACGUUUGCAUCAAAACCAUAUAUUGUAUAACUUUUGCGGUUGAAUAGAUACUUUCACAUCUUAGGAAAUUAUUUAUACUAUAUAAUAAAUAUUAUACUUCUUGGGUGAUUUUAAAAGCACAUGUUUUAGAAGCAAAUCUGGUGCAUUUGAAUUCAGUUAACAUUUAUUAAUCUCUUGCAUUUUUGUGAUUGAUUCUUUUGAUUAUGGCUGCUGGUUACACCAUCCAAGCAAAUGUUUAGCCAUCUUGGGAGUGAUCGUAAAUGGUUGAAAUACUCAUUCAUUAAUGGGAAAUUUAUGAGGGAGGAAUGCAAAAAUUACGAAAUUGGAUUAUGUGAUCUUACAAAUGAAUUGAUUUUAUUAAUAUUUGUACUGUAUCUAGUGUUCAUUGUGCAUGUUUGUUUUGCUUUAGACCCCUUGAGUACUACACGUAAUAAAAGGAAGGUCACUCUAUAUCUAAUCAACAAAUAUUCCCUUUUAGCAAAGACAAAAUUUAUCUGUGUACUUCAUUGGUGUUCUUGUUCUAUACUGUAGAAUGUGCAGUAGUGUGGCUUCCAAAAUUGUUCUGUUAUUUAAGUUGUAUUACAGUUUCCUGUGGGAAAUUAGUUGAGCAGGUUGUGGAAUGACCAUGUAUUCCUUGUAGCGGUGCAGUGUUACUCCCUCGUACCAAACAGGCAUUGCUGCCUCACUGGAUGACAUUAGCAACAUGCUUUUCACUAGUGACACCCCCUCGACCUUUCAGGUUUAUCCGAGAGAGGGCCAUUAUAAAUAAAUUGUAAUGUGAUUUUGAAGUUCUAAUAUUAAGUGGUAAUGAAAACACUAGUUGAAAUGCUGUUCUGAUGAUCCCCUUCAUUUUCUCAAAUUAUAUUCAUGUAUUGUACAGCCACAAUAUUAUUGAUCAUGAAUAUUAAAUAUAUAUUGUAUAGUCACUGAAAGAAGAUUCACAUAUUACUAUACAGUAAUACUCAUGAUCAUUGCAAUCGGUCUCUGAAAUCCAAUGAGUGCUAAGGGUUGGGCCUAUUAGGGUCAUAAUUUAUAAUUUAGUUGUAACACAAUCCAUGCACAUGGUACUCAAAUGUUAUUUUUAUGGAAUCAUAGCUGUCCUCCCUCUGUCAUUCCUAAUUUUGUUUCAGUAUUUUGGAAUGUACUUCCUGUUAUCAAUGGAUGCAUAUUACUGCAGUAAUAUACUUCCCUGUAUUAUAUUGUGAAUAUUUAAAUAAAGGACCAUUGUCCUAGAUA